UAAAUUUUUGCCAGGCACUCAUGCUUACUCAAUGUGGCAGUUAUCAUUUCAAUAUUUUUCCUGAAAAUAUUCUCACUACACUUUAAUAAAUAAUCCAAAAUUGAUCGAGAUAACCCAUGAUUUAAAACAUAUUGUCAAAGACAUUUAUACAUGUACAUGUUGUCAAUGGUACUUGGUGAGGAGAUGAAUUACCAUGAUUGUACAAAGGCCAUGUUUUUAUCAUAUGAGCAGUGAUGAGUGUACAUGUACAUGUAUCGGUAAGCCGACACUUUGACCUACAUGUACAUGUAUGUGUAGUGUAUGGCUAAGCACUGGCAUUGGCUAACCAAAAACUUGAAAUGACACUCUGCUAACAGGAAGUGAUAACCUUGCGGUCGGAGGUCAUGCACAAAGUAGCCAAUCACAGUGCAAAGACAUCGGAUGCUGGGCGACGAGCGACGGGAGGAAGGGAGGGUAGAAGUACAGGGUAAGGAUAAAAGAAGUAAGAAAUAUGCUACUAUGAAGCGAAUGAUAUCUUUGCGAGAUGCAAGAAUUCAGGAAAAGGACAGACUGAAGAAGAAGCCACCACCCAAAUGGAAGCAAGACAAAGAAGCCACGAUCAAGGAGCGAGAGGUCCCCCAGUACUCCUCGGCGCUUUUCAAGUACAACACCCAGCUGGGACCGCCCUACUACGUGCUGGUGGACACCAACUUUGUCAAUUUCUCCAUCAAGAACAAGAUUGACGUGGUACAGGGCAUGAUGGAUUGCCUCUACGCAAAAUGUAUUCCAUGCAUUACAGACUGUGUGAUGGGUGAAAUCGAGAAACUAGGUAGGAAAUACAACGUAGCCCUUCGGACAGUCAAAGACGAGAGGUUUGAACGAUUACCAUGUAUGCAUCAGGGGACAUAUGCCGAUGACUGCUUAGUACAGAGAGUAACGCAGCACAAAUGCUACAUAGUUGCCACCUGCGAUCGGGAUCUCAAAAGAAGAAUACGAAAAAUCCCAGGAGUCCCCAUCAUGUUUCUCUCACAGAAAAGGUGCACUAUUGAACGGAUGCCGGAUGCGUUUGGAGCACCCAAAUUGUGAUAGCCAGCUAAAGCACAUGUGACAUACGGUAGCCGGCUGGGCAGUGACUUGGCGUACAACCUUCAGUCAGCUUUCUAGGCAAUACAGAACUUUAAUUGAAGCCAACUGCAGGACUAGUCUACAUGUACUCGUAGCUAUUGGGCAGAAGUUAGUUGUUACAGGCCAUUGUAGAAUACUUCGAUAGAAAUACUAAGGUCUUUGGGUGGCAGAUUGGAGUAUCAUUUAGGACCAAUUUCAAGUUCAAUUCAUGGUUCAUCGUUAGUCAGCCCCUGUUUUAAUGCCAACAUGCAUGCGAGAUACUGUCCUGCUCAAAAUAUCCCUUUCUUUGAUAACAUCAAGCCAUCGCUUGUCUUUUGAAUACCAGCGAUGCGACUGUGCCCAGACACAAGCUCCAAACAGUCAAGUAGUUUCCCCGUUUCGUGUUCAAGUGAAAGUAGCAAAACUGAGAAUCACAGUUUGCACUCAAACUUCCCUACAAUAACCACUUUUGUCAAUGACAGCACCGCACCAGUUCCCUUGGGGUUAAACAGAAAGUGGGUAAUUCCAGAAAUUAAGGGUCCAAAAGUCUGACAUUUUUGUGUCCCUUUUACAUCCGAUCCGUUCUCUGAAAUGGAAAUACCACAAUUGAUUUCAUACUGUUACUAUUUGUUUGGCAGAUAAGUUACUUUAAUUCAUUACUAUUGGAAAUUAGAAAAUUUGUUCUGAACUUACAAAGUCAUAUGUCACGUGACCGGGACACGAAAAAACAGGGAACCCUAACUUCUGGAAACUCAGGUACAUUUGUUCAAACCAAAUAAAUUUAAUGUUCAAAAGUAUAAAAUGGGUGAUCGUUUCUGUGAACCCUAGGAAAGCUUACGCAACUUUCCCCCCAAAAACGUUCAUUUUCUUAUUUCAAGUAAGAGACCGAUUGUCUUAAACAUAAAUUGCUGAUGAUCUCAACAAAUUUUGCCAUAAUCUUUGGAACUUUUUAGGAUUAGCACACCAUAAAAAUAAUUGUUCCUCAAAAAGUUACUUGUGAAAUGGCCAGCCAAAUGCACAGUAGUCCAUAGGUGUCCAAUGUGGGUAGGACUUCCCAAGUACAGAACAUUGUUACCUGUACUAGGCCACUAACCACUUUGCACGGUGAAGCCCGGUACCGGAGACAUAGUGUGUGGCCAACAAGGUUGGGGUGCUCUCUUUCGGAGCUUUCUUUAAGACAAAAAUAAUGUUGCUGGCCGUUUUUAGAAGAGGUUACUUACUGUAAGUACGUGCAGUAAGUUUGAGCCAUCAGCGAAGGUAAUUCCAUCAUUGAGUUGCAACAGUGGCUUCACUGGACCAGAAAACUGGGCCUUUACUCACUUGGAAACAAAAGACCGAAUUGCUGGGAUUUGCCAUUGAAGGUUCGUACAGUAGCUGGCAGUGCAGAGUGCUGGCCAUUAGCAGAGGUAAACUGUCAUUGAAAUAAGGCUCUUGCCCAUAUCCAACUCAUAUUUAUAUUUAAAUAAUCUGUCAUUGUUUUGAAACAGUAUCAUUGUUUGCCGCUGCCAGCACCAGUGGAUUAUAAGCGUGGACGAAAGCACUUGCUCCAGUGAUUAGCGAUACAAUACUGCUGAGCACU